AUGACUGAAGUUAUUCUUCAAAAACUGAGAGAAUUAGAUAUUUCAUUAGAUGACAUGAGAGGCCAAGGAUACGACAAUGGGGCUAAUAUGCGUGGAUAUAAAAGUGGUGUUCAAGCUAGAAUUCGAAAUCUAAAUUCAAGAGCUUUUUACGUGCCAUGCAAUGCACAUUCUUUAAAUUUGGUUUUGAACGAUUCAGCAAAUUGUUGCUUAGAUGCAGUUUUAUUUUUUGAUAUUAUACAAGAAAUGUAUACAUUUUUUUCAGCAUCAACACAGAGAUGGGAUGUUUUUCGUAAAUAUGUUAAAAAUCUUACUGUAAAACCAUUAAGUGCAACUCGAUGGUCUAGUAGAAUAGACGCUAUUCGACCAAUUCGAUUUCAAACUGCUGAAAUUUAUGAUGCACUGGAAGAAAUAUCAGAAGACACUUCACUUACGAGUGUAACUGGCGUUCGAAGUCGUUCUGAAGCUAAAGGUAUAGCUGAAAAAUUAAUAAGUUUCAAAUUUUUAUGUAGUUUAGUAAUUUGGUAUGAUUUAUUAUGCGAAAUUAAUGUCACUAGUAAACUAUUACAAUCUAUAUCAUUAAAUAUUAUCGAAUCAAUCAAUCAGAUAAACAAUACCAAAAUAUUUUUACAAAAAUAUCGUAGUGAUGAAAAUUUUGAAAAAAUACUUACACAAGCAAGUUACUUAGCAAAUGAACUUGGUGUACAAGAUAGUUUUUCGUUAAAUCAAUUUCGAACUCGACGUAGAAAAACUCAUUUUGAUUACGAAUCUCGUGAUACUCCUAUAACAGAUCCUAAACAGAAUUUCAAAAUAAAUUUUUUUCAUCAAAUAUUAGACAAUAUGCUCCAAUCAAUAAAUGACCGAUUUAUUCAACUUGAAGACCAUAGUAAAUUAUUUUCAUUUCUUUAUAAUAUUUCUAAUGUAAAUAAUUAUGAACAUUUAAUGAAGUGCUGUAAAGAUCUUCAGCUAGCACUUUCUUCAAAUGACGGUUUAAAUUCUGAUAUAAAUUCUGUCGAACUUUGUGAAGAAAUAAAUACAUUACAAAAACAUUUGCAAAAUGAAAAUGAUCCAAAAGCAAUUUUACAAUUUAUAUGUGAAAACAAAUUAAUAGAAUUAUUUCCUAAUGUAUACGUAGCUCUAAGAAUUUUAUUAACAUUACCAGUAACUGCAGCUUCAGCUGAAAGAAGCUUUUCAAAAUUAAAAAUUGUAAAGAACUACUUAAGAUCACAAAUUUCACAGGAUCGUUUAGUUGGAUUGGCAACAAUUUCAAUUGAAAAUCAAAUUGCGAAUGAUCUUGACAUUGACGAUUUAGUUAAAGAUUUUGCGUCAGCAAAAGCAAGAAAAAUACAUUUUUAA